AUGUCGUCGCUGAACCUCGAUCCCGAUUUCAAUACCACCGGUCUACCCAUCUUUGAAGCGGCCGACGGAGUUUGUUUCAGCUUCCCAUGGGAGCCCCUCGUGGCUGUGUCGUCGUUCUUCCAAGACCUCCAGUCCCUUCCAGUCCCCGCUGGCGGCUCCCAAGGCCAUUCCGACUCUGAACUCGUCAUACCGCUUCCGGCCGCCACGUCACAGGCUCUCAAAGUCGCCUUUCAUGCCAUCAAUUCGGUCGCCACCGGAGAACCAUUGGGAAUGACACCACCCACGGAUCCGCAAGUCCUCAUCGAUCUUAUCACUCUUGUCGACGCCUAUGAUCUUGAUCCCGUCGCCGUUCUCAAACCUAUCUCUUCCUGCGCCAACAUCCUCGAGGACGCCGGUCGUCGGUUCGCCCUAGCCGCCCUUCGUCAGGACGAGGACGAAAUGGAGUCGUGUAGCCAGCACCUCCUGAAGACUCCCGAGAAGCAGAUGUCCGAAUGGCUCAACGCUAUCCUCUCCGCCAAAGCCCCUGCCGCGCAUUACAGACUCUCCCAACUGUACAAACAACGAGAGGACAAGAUCCACGCCUUUCGGUCGGAGGCAACUGGUGCCGUUACCUCCCUUGCACUGAGUACCAGACUUUCAGUCACCUGUCCUUCUUCGCACUGGCCCUCCAAAAAAUCGAUGAACUGGAAGUUGUUAUACGCCAACGCUAUGGAGAAGGGGCUUAUGGUGUCAUCGCUGGUCAUCUGUCCUCCGUCUCGUGCUCUACCUGCCAUAUGCGGCUGA